AUGUAUACAGAUCGGAAGGUUCGAGAUUUAGAGUUCGCUCUGGGCGAUCAGCUUCUGUUGAAGAUUUCACCCAUGAAGGGCGUUAUGAGAUUUGGGAAGAGAGGUAAGUUGAGUCGGAGGUAUAUUGGCCCAUUCGAGAUCCUUGAUCGUGUGGGCGAUGUUGUUUAUGAGUUGGCUUUGCCACCAGGUUUGGCAGGCGUUCAUCCAAUUUUUCAUGUGUCCAUGCUGAAGAAGUAUUAUGCCGAUGGUACUUAUAUUAUUCGUCAGGACUCGAUAUUGCUUAAUGAGAAUCUGACUUACGAGGAGUGA